UUGUGUGAAACAAGUGAAAGAAUCAUGGGUCGUCGCAAAAUUAAGAUUGAGAUAGUGAAAGACCCCAACACGAGGCAAGUCACAUUCUCAAAGCGUCGAACAGGUUUAUUCAAGAAAGCAAAUGAAUUAUCUAUUUUGUGUGGAGCAGAAGUAGCUAUUGUUGUGUUUUCUCCCGGGAACAAGCCUUACUCUUUUGGUCACCCAGGAGUUGAUGUUGUUGCAGCCAAGUAUCUUCAACAAGAUCCCGAACCAAGUGACUCCCAAGGAGAGCUCUCUUCCGAUGCUUCCAAUAUUGACAACUUGAAUCUGGAACUUGCUGAGGUAUUGGCUGAAAUUCGUGAAGGUGAAAAACAGGCUGAGAUUUAUGAUGAGAUAUUGAAACAAAAUGAUGUGACAACACUCUCCGAGCUUGAAGAAUUGAGAGAUUCAUGCAAAAGGCUUCAAGAUUGGGUAAAAUUGUGUCUUAGUGAUAUCGAGAUAUCAGAAUAUAUGAUGUUGCUUGCUAAGGAGCCGGUGGUAGGGGUUAAAGCAACAAAAAAGAAUAGAAGAAGAAAUUAA